UGGAGACAUGCUGCAUUAGCGAGUUUCUAUCUAAUCGGUUAAAAAAGGGGAAACGUGUUCAAUCAAUCGGCCGUCCCUCUUCCAGUAGAUAUAUUAUCUCUACGACUGCAACAACAUUUCCAAAACACACAGAGAGGACAGGGAUGCUCAUUCACUUUGCCAACCUCUCCCAGUCAUGAUAUUUGCAGGUUUCCUCUUUCUGCUCCUCCUCACAGGUGGAAGUUCCUGGAAUAACACAGAGCAACCAGAACUUCAGGAUGAUCUUAAAUCAAAUCACAGCGUUGAAGAAAGAGGGAAAACAUUCAACAACUCGGAACUAAAAGAGCUUUCUAGCCAACUCUCCAAAAACGAUAAGGACAAUGAUUACAAAGUGGCGGAAGAUGAUGUGUGCAACUAUCACAAGGUUAUAGAGUUCCUGAAGCUGAAAAACAAUGGGACGUUCUCAAUGGUCCGACCCAUCAAAAACCCCCAAAAACCAACAUGGGUCUCUAUCCAAUUGUCAAUUCUGGCAAUUCUAGAUGUUAGAGAGACUGACCAGACUUUUGUUUCUUACAUUGGGAUUUAUGUGACAUGGUAUAAUCCGUACAUUUAUUGGAAUCCAAGAAAUUUUUGUGACAUUCAUCGGAUGAGAGUUCCGGCUGAUUUGUUGUGGAAGCCAGAUCUAACUAUUGAAGAAAUGAUAGAGAAGGACAAGGCCACAAUUCCCUUUAUCACCAUUAACUCAAACCAUUUAGUUGAAUAUGUGAAGGACAUUAUGGUGGUCAGCAUGUGCAAGAUGCAAGUUUACAAAUUUCCUUUUGAUGUUCAGAGCUGCACCUUGUCUUUCAAGUCAAUCACAUACCCAGAAGAGGAGUUGAAGUUUCAAGCCACUGAAAACAAAUCAUUGAUAACGGAGUGGUCUAGGGAAAUGCUCAGGAACCAGUUUGAGUGGCUGUUCAUCGACAUUGCAAGCAAGAUCAAAACUGAGAAAUAUUUUCAAGAAAAUCAAAGCAUGGUCAUUUACACUGUCACGAUGAAGAGGCAUUCUGCCCUCUACAUCGUCAACUUCUUAGUGCCCAUCCUGUUCUUCUUCUUUCUGGACUUGGCCUCCUUCUUGAUAUCAGACUACGGGGGAGAGAAGCUCAGCUUCAAGGUCACUGUGCUACUCGCUGUCACUGUGAUGCAGCUUAUUCUCAACGAGAUUCUGCCUUCCUCUUCAAACAGGAUACCGCUUAUUGCUGUGUACUGCAUCGGGAUGUUUGGUUUGAUGAUGAUCAGCCUUCUGGAGACAAUUUUGGUGAUGUAUCUGAUUGAGAAAGACUCUGAACCUAAAGAAAACAAGGCUGAUAAAAAUGGCAGCCUGAGUGAGGAGUGUGGAGACAAACAGGGCAACUAUGAUGGAGAUGUGAAGAAAUGGACUCACUGUGCUUGUGUGUGUAAUGUGUUUGAGGAACCGCCAUCUGAACUGUUGUCUGUGGCCAAAGAGCAGGACAAAAGAAGCCAUCUGACGGAGGAGUCCAACUCCUUGGAGAAGCUCCCAGAUGAGCUGAGUGAGGCAGUGAAAACACUCUCUCUGCUGCUCAGCAGGAAGGAAGAAAGGAAGCCCGACUCCUGGACCAGAGUGGCUAAAAAAUUGGACAUCAUUUUCUUUUAUGUCUAUAUCACAGUGGCCACUCUGUUUUUGGUUGUCAUCUUUUCAGUAUGGAUCAAUGCGAAAGACGAAUAGUGGUAAACCACUGGGGUCUGUUUUUUUCAUCCCCCUAAAGUCUCUUUAAUUUAAUAUACAUUCCUCUACAGAAGGCGGCAAAUGUCUGUGGAAAACUCUUGCAAAACUAAGAUUAAAUGUAUUUCGGGCCAGCUAGAUUAAGUAUGUCACAAAUUCAAAAGUCGAUCAUAUCCACAGGGAAACAGUUAGUACAUUAACUGUUGCUUCUUUCUGUGAGUCCACCUAGUGCAGGCAGUGAUUGACAGGUAAAGGCCAGAUCCAUAUUUUCUCAAUCGCUAACCAUAACCCUAGCCCUUUCAAUCAUGGCAACGCAUUUUGCCAACUUCAAACCUGUCUGAAUGACUGACUUUAAAAACUUCGAUUAGGACCUCCUAGGACUAUGCUCAAUAAAGAGUCUGCAAUCAUAUAUUACUUUUUAAUUUAAUUUAUGUUAACAUGAAAUGGGAGACACUACGUAUGCAUUGUAAUUAAUCUGCUACAUUGUGCUAAUUGACAUGACACAUUUUAAUCUGCCUUCAAUGUUGAUGUUCACCCAUAGCCCUGCAUGGAUCACUUGAACAUUCAAGGUAUAACCGUACAAAGAAGUAUUGUAAGUGUAAUGGCAUGGCCUCUUGAUUGUUGAACAUAAGGAGGUUUUCGAAUUCUGCAAGUGAGUGAUUUUCUUGUCUAUAGAUCUUGGGACAUCUGUGUGCGUUCCCUUUACUUGUGCCGUCCCUUUCCUGUCAACUAUGCCCCCUUAUAUACAACCUUGUGCAUGUAAUCACCAACCCUAAGUGUCUAGAAUAAUACUGCAUGAUAUAUCUAUCAUAAUAAUAUGAGAUGUCACCAAUAAACUGAAAUACCUCCUACAGUAAAGCUCUAGUAAGGUAUGACUUGAAU